ACGUAAAACUCAUGGAAGUUUCCCUGGUUGAACAAUCCCAAUGGGUUUAAAUACUAGAAUCACUGUCUGCAACAUAUUACAUAGACUUCGAACCACAAUGAAGUUCAUUCUCGUCGUGCUCUGCUGUUUGACACUGGUCUGUAGCGCGCCGCUUCGCGGCCACGAGCUGACGCGCGCGGUGGAGAACGCCAUGAGUUUAGCGAAGAAGAUCCUGGGCGACAUUCGCGGAGCGCACGACGCGUGCGUCACAUCAGCGGGUUUGACUUUUUCCAGUGAAGCAAAAAGCUUGGAGUAUUUAUUAGGUGACAUUGGCAUUCCUGCGCCACCAGUGCUCAAGUCAGAGGAGCUCACCAUGGAAACGAGUUUAAACCAUAUUGUAAAUGGCCUGGAGCUUCACCGCAGACUUCUGGAAGAGGUGGGAGUGGCGUUGAGCUCCUCAGAAGAGCUGAAGCUUUUGCUCGUGGGCGUCAGAGAUCUGCGUGUUCAGGUGGAAGAGGUCCAACGGCUGGCCCAGAUUCCCAGUCCAGAAUCCCAGGACGGGUUUCCAGGGAUUUCCCUGCAGCUCCGCAGUGAUUACCAGGUCCAAGUGGCGGCUCAUCUUACCCUCCAGCAGCUGCGCAGCUUCACCCAGGACGUGUUUCGGACUCUUCGCCACAUCUCUGCGUCUAUAGCUGACCCUCAGAGACUGAACCAGGCCGACAACUCAAUGUCCAAAAGCUGACCCGCAGAGACCAAAGCAGUACUUGGUAUAUUCUGCAACUGUAUUUUUGUAAUACAAAAGUUAUAAUGGGUUUUCUUGGCAAAGUUAAAUUCAACUUUGGAAUAACCCUAUUGUUUUGACUGGAUAAAUUUUAAAUGACUUUGAUAUAUUUAUUUAUUGUAGUUAGUAUUAUUAUUAUUAUGUUAUUUAUAUCUACAGAACUUGUACCCUAUGGGUGCGGUGUAGAUUUCUAUUGAACCAGAUUUGUAUUUAUUACUGAUUAUGCAAUGUUUCACCAUCUUGUUUCUACUAUUGUAUUAACUAUUAAAAUAUU